UUUCCCCCAUUGAUUUUUUAGGGACAGACAGAAAGAGCAACAUCGAUGUGUGUGUGGGUGGGGAUGAGCCUGCAACCAAGUGACUUAGGAAGAAGAUCCUUUUUUGUUCCAGACCAGACUGGGCCUCUGUUCUCAAAGUUAGUGCUUGUGGUGUGUCCAACACAGGAGCAAACUGUUCCAGAGCGUAAUGACGGGUUAAACCUCAAAAAUGACAUUGAAAAUCAUCAAUCUAUAUGCCUUUCUGACUUAGAAAUGCCAACACCAGGAGACAUAGUUUCAAAAAUGGACAGAGUGAAAGUUCCUCAGAAAACAACAGUCCAAGAAAAUCAUGGUGAUAUACACAGAGUGGGGAAAUGGCACCAAGACUUUUCAGUGAAGGAAAGAGAGAAACUUUCAACCUGGAGACAAGAGCUACUGAAACUUAUAGAUCGUCACAAGAAAGAACGUGCAGGAGAGAAGUCUUUUAAAUGUCAGGAAUGUGGGAAAAGCUUUAGAGUUAGCUCUGGCCUUAUUAAGCACCAAAGAAUUCAUACUGAAGAGAAACCGUAUAAAUGCCCACAGUGUGAUAAGAGAUUUAGGUGGAGUUCAGAUCUUAAUAAGCACUUAACAACACACCAAGGGAUAAAACCAUAUAAAUGCUCAUGGUGUGGGAAGAGCUUUGGUCAAACUUCAAAUCUACACACACACCAAAGAACUCACACCGGAGAGAAGCCCUUCACAUGCCAUGAAUGUGGGAAAAAAUUCAUUCAGAACUCCCACCUUAUUAAACACCGGAGAAGCCACCUUAGCAUAUGCAUGAGAAACUUCAGCAGGUGGUCAAGCCUUCUCAGGCACCAGAAACCACCAAUUAAGGGAAGCUUGUUCAAUGUCCUCAGGCUGAAGAAUUUUACCAAGUGGAGCUUGACCAUAAAGUUUAUGAAAAUGCAAAUUUAUGAAGCAUGAAAAAUUUUUCAUCAGUGGAAAAUUUGGGGAUAUAAACUUUCACAGAAAGGAAUCAAGCUGGACUCUGCAGGGGACAUAGUAGUAGUUGUAUUAUUACUGUUUUUACUUACCCUUCGGGGAGUUUCUUAGCAAAAGGUGUUUGAAAAACCUUCUGAAUGAGGGAAAACUCUGUUUGGGAUUGUACCUGGCAAUAUAGCAAAUUCAGCUUCAAAUAGUACACGAAACUAUGAAUCAAUCAUCUGUGGUCACAGAUGUAAAUAUUGUUGGUUUUCCCACCUACUCUUAAACAUGUGAUAGAAACAUUUGUAGCAUGGUCUUUUGUAACAAAUGCAAUAACAUCCUUGUUUUAUUGCAUACUAUUACUUCAGGGUAAUAGGAUAAUCAAUUUCAAUAGUCUCAUAGGGUAGAAAUGAAUUCUAUUGUAAAGUUUUCCAAGAACCAAAUUGUACUUUCUUCCUCUCAUCAUUGGACAUCAUGUGAAUCCUUGAACUUUUUAGCUACUUUAGCUCUUGAAUCCUAUUAGCACAAUUUUUCUGUGAUGGAAUCAUAUUUACUUUAUCACUAGGGUAUCUGCCAAAUAACUAAUAUCUUAUGCCUCUCAUUGAUGGUAUUUGAGAAAAGAAAACAUUUCUAGUAGAUCAUAUGGAAACAGUUGAAAUUUUUAGCCAUGGAAUAUGUGUUAGAUGUAACCUAAGGUGGGGUGAUCCGGGCAGUUCUUGAUGGCUCAGGACAUCUACUGGGCUGGCCACUUCAUUCUCCUCUUCACCCCUAUGGCUUUCUCUCUAAGAGCGUAACUUAUUUUCCAAACAGUCAAGGAAGAGAAUGAACAUGUUUUGUUACCCCAAGUUCAGACAAACCCAGUCUUGCUCUCCUUAAGUACCUUGAAUGAUUUUUCUCAUUAAAUUUUUUUUAUCACUAACUUAAAUAAAUAAAUAAAUAAAUAAGAAUUUUCUGCAAAACAAAGUAAAUCGUUUCCUUCCCUCACAAGGUUAAUAGGAUAAAACAAUCAUAAAAAUUAGCACUUUCCUGAGGUCUAAAAUAAAAUUAAUUGGAGCUUAGGAUCAAAUUAUCAGGAUUUUGUUUGUUUACUCAUUAAUUUGACAUUUGUUUUUAAGAAGGAGAGAGUUUAUGUUUGGGAAUAGGACUGUGUGCUGCAGACAGGAUUCUGUGGCUCACUGGUCAUGGUGGGAAUUCAGUCAGCAUAAGACCAGGUUUCCAAAAAAAUGUUUGAGGACUCAUGCUCAGUGGUGGGCAAAUUGGGAAAAUCUACACCCAUGUUGGUUGUCUUACACUGCAAUCUAUUUAACAGGCAUGGUCCACCAGUGUCUGUUUUCUCCAGCGCAGCAAUUAGCAGUUGCUUUGGGAGGGUUGGAUAGACUGCUGACCAUCUCUCUAGACU